AUGACACACUUCAGAUGGAUGCCGGCAGACGCGUUUUGGGCAUUCUGCAUGGUUCUCAAUCUCUACCUUACCCUUUGUAGAAGGUAUUCUGUCGAACAGUUGCAGAGUAUGGAAUGGAAAUAUUUCCUAGCAUGCUACGGAAUACCACUACCUACAGCCCUGGCUUUGUGGUUUGCUCCUACGCCGGAUGGCGGUCGUUACUACGGCCCAUCAUUGUUAUGGUGUUCCAUCGCUCAAAAAUGGAACAUCGUCCGAGUUGCUUGCUUCUACGCGCCAGCCGGGUACCUACCCUCUAUGACCAACCGUGUUUACAGCAUUGUACACCCAGACCCGCCUAUCUUUUGGCUUAAUCUAAUGGCAGCAUUUGUAUUGACACUCCAGGGCUUUUGGAACGCGAUGGUUUACCUCGGCACCUCAUGGGCUCUCUGCAGAGAUCAUUUGCUUCAGAAGCUCAGGUACUUGUUGUCGGGGAGGCAACUGCCACGAACGUCCGAUGCAGCACUAUCCACGAUCGAGACCAACAGGCAGAGAGUAUGA